UCCAGUCCGUGAUGCAUGAUGGGUAAUGAGACUGGUAACACCCUAGCAACGCAUACGUAAACACACGUCGUCUAAAGUAAAUCAAACAGCUGUUAUAUCGUCGUAUUAACAACAAAAAGACACAAUGCAAGCAGACAACGUAAGAUAUUUAAAAAGGAAAGUCAAGGGAGGCAGUCUAGAUGUCCAUCCUACUGAGAAAGCCCUUAUUGUCCAGUAUGAAGUGGAAGCGACUAUAAUGGGAGAAAUGGGAGGCCCGAUGCUUGGAGAACGCAAGGCGUGUCAGAAAACUGUUCGUCUGAAAAGCCUUAACGCCAGCACGGAUAUUGGGUCAUUAGCGCGGAAAGUGGUGGAGGAAUGCAAGCUCAUUUCACCAUCCAAGCUCCCAGAAGUGGAGCGACUGCUCUUCUACCUACAGAACCGCAAUUCAGCUCCAGAGAAAAAAGAGAAGAAGCAGAUAAAGCCAAGAGAUCCUGCUCCGUUUGAAGGCAUGGAGCUGGACGAGGAGGCCAACAUUAACAGCAUCGAUGACUACGUGGAGCUGCUGUACGAGGACUUUCCAGAGAAAAUCAGAGGAGCCACGCUUAUUCUGCAGCUGGCCCGUAAUCCUGACAACCUGGAGGAGCUGCUUCAGAACGAGACAGCUUUAGGAGCCCUGGCACGAGUACUGAGGGAGGACUGGAAGCAGAGUAUAGACUUGUCAACUACCAUCAUCUACAUCUUCUUUUGUUUCUCCAGUUUCAUCCAGUUCCAUGCGCUCAUCACUCACUAUAAGAUUGGCAUUCUGUGCAUGGGCAUCAUGGAGCAUGAGCUGAAGAGGUACGACCUGUGGCAGGAGGAGCUGCAGAAGAAGAAGCGAGCUGAUAUCCUUUCUGCGUGGUUGGUCAGAGUCCUUGACAGGGUUGAACGGGAGGAAGACCCAGAGAACCAAAACCUGAAGAAAGAGUAUGAGAAAGCGCUGAAGAAGUACCACGGCUUGCUGACCAAGCAGGAACAGCUGCUGAGAGUGGCUCUGUAUCUACUGCUGAAUCUGUCUGAGGACACGCGCAUAGAGCUGAAGAUGAGGAACAAAAAUAUAGUGCACUUGCUGGUGAAAACCCUGGACCGGGAAAGUGAGGAGCUCCUGGUGCUCGUCGUGUCCUUUCUGAAGAAGCUCAGCAUCUUCUUGGAGAACAAGAACGAUAUGGCUGAAACGGACACUGUGGAGAAGUUGGCUAAGCUGGUCCCUUGUGAUCAUGAGGAUCUGCUGAAUGUCACUCUUCGUCUCCUCCUCAACCUCUCCUUCGACACAGGCCUCCGCAGCAAGAUGGUGCAGGUGGGCCUGCUGCCCAAGCUCACCGCGCUGCUAGGAGAUGAAGCACAGAAGCAUUUAGCCAUGCGCAUACUGUACCAUAUUAGCAUGGAUGACCGCUUCAAGUCCAUGUUCGCCUACACAGACUGUAUUCCACAGGUGAUGAAGAUGUUGUUUGAUUGCGGUGAGGAAGGCGCAGACCCAGAGCUCAUCUCCUUCAGCAUCAAUCUGGCAGCCAACAAGAGAAAUGCACAGCUCAUUUGUGAAGGUAAUGGACUGAAGAUGCUGAUGAAGAGAGCGUUCAAGCUGAAGGAUCCACUGAUGAUGAAAAUGAUCCGGAACAUCUCCCAACACGACGGACCUUCCAAGAACUUAUUCAUUGAUUAUGUCGGAGACCUUGCCGCUCAGAUUGGUCAGAACGAGGACGAGGAGUUCAUGAUCGAGUGUUUGGGGACACUCGCUAACCUCACCAUCCCUGACCUGGACUGGGAGCUGGUGCUUAAAGAAUACAACCUAGUACCCUUCCUUAAAGACCACCUCAAACCUGGUUCUGCAGAAGACGACCUUGUGCUGGAGGUGGUGAUAAUGAUCGGCACGGUCUCUAUGGAUGACUCCUGCGCCGCCAUGUUAGCCAAAUCAGGCAUCAUCCCUGCGCUUAUAGAGCUACUCAAUGCCCAACAGGAGGAUGAUGAGUUUGUUUGUCAAAUCGUAUACGUCUUCUACCAGAUGGUGUUUCACCAGGCCACUCGAGACGUCAUUAUAAAGGAGACCCAAGCUCCAGCUUACCUCAUCGACCUGAUGCACGACAAGAAUGCUGAAAUCUGCAACGUGUGUGACAACACACUGGAUAUUAUAGCCGAAUAUGAUGAAGAAUGGGGGAGGAAGAUCCAGAGCGAGAAGUUCCGCUGGCACAACUCUCAGUGGCUGGAGAUGGUUGAGAAUCGGCAGAUGGAUGAAGUGGAACCCUUCUUGUACGGCGAUGAAGGAGAGCCCUUUUUACAGGGAGCGGACAUUCUGGAGCGGCCCGACCUCUUCUACAGUGCAGUAGAUGGAUUAAUCUCUGCAGAUGCCGCCAUCACUCCAGACUUCUUUACGGACUUUCAAAAUGGAGACUAUGUUGCAUCACAGGGUUUCCCUGGCAGCCUCGCACUUCUUGGUCCUGAGUGGAAACACUGGAGCCUUUUGUCUGCCUACAUCCCACUCCGGAUUUCACUCCUGCUGUCUGCCCAUGGGGAAGAAGCUGAGUGAUGAAAUGGAUAAUACUGGACCUGUAGAGAAUCUUCCCAAAGGCAUAGUUUGCAUAAGUCAUCUCACUUAAGACACAUUUUUCACUUUGUUUGGAAUUAUGUUAUGUACCUGAUGAAUGAUCCAUGAUGCUCACGGGUCCAUCUUUAGCAGUUCGAUUCAUCAUUUCUAUCUAGAGUAAUGUCUUUGGGUUGAGUCUCCUUACUUGACUUAUCCUUAGGCCCAUGACUGUCUUAACAGAUGAAAUACCUACCUCCCCCAACCCCAUACAAACAUAACACGUUUAUAAGCAAUAUAAAUAAGAAUAUGACGUUACAUGAUUUUGCUAAAAUUUUGUAAAAGACAAACAUUGGUAUAACAAUGAUUUGAUGAAACUAUUAAUCCGGAGUCAUGUGCACUAUUCCCUAGAAGGUGAUGCAUUUACCUUAAGUCAAACAGUAAUAGUAAAUCUUCUCGCCAAGUAGUUUACUACACGCAUGUGUCAAGGUGAGUUUUACAGUAGUCGAACACCAUAAAUCACACCGUUCCAUAGUGAAAAUGUACCAUGUCCAGACAUCCUUGUGAAACUCGAGAUGGCUGGAAAUGAGCCUGAAGAAAGAAGGUGGCUGAAUCCAAGGUCAUCACUGAAGUAAAGUUUAUUUACCUACAUAACAUGGUCUGAUUCAUGUCAAUUUCCAUAACAUGGUCUGAUUCAUGUCAAUUUCCAAGAUUAGGAAAACAGUAUUACUAAAAGUCUGCUUAACGUAUUUCCCAGUAGAUGGAUUAAUCCCUGCAGAUGCCGCCAUCACUCCAGGCUUCUUUACAGACUUUCAAAAUGGAGACUAUGUCGCAUCACAGGGUUUCCCUUCAGAGCUCAUGUUAAGCUCUGAGCGCUGUGAUUCUCACAACCCUGCCUCUGUGCUGUACCCUGUUCAGUUAUUUAAUCAAACUCUUCCCCAGAUAGCCACUAUUCUCUCUGGGAAGAAAAAAAAGGCAAUAUUUUUAGCCGAGCGAAAACGGGGAGGUGGUUGCUAAAAGAAAAGCGUCUGACGCAUGUAAGUGCUCUCAUGGAAGUGAUUUGUGCUAAAAACAACACAGCAUUAUGGGAGCUGGUAGGGGCAAAGCAAACAGCUCAUAUUUUAAGAGAACAGCGAGGGGAGCUAGUGCUCGGCCUGAGACGGGAGGAAAGGCGGGGGGUGGGACAGGAGGACGCAGAGGUGAAGGUGGCGUUCACUCAAAGGCACCGCACAGAUCUUUCUGUACUCAAGACGUUCAGGUCUUAUUGGUCAGUUACUUGGGUCACAGUUCCCACAAUUAUUAAGCUGCAUGUAUAAUGCUGCGGUAUGGUUGCAAUGUUUGUUAAGGGGUGCUUUUUAUUCUUUAACAUGCUAUAAUGUAAUUAUGCAGUGUUUCAACGUAAAGCCCAAGAACACUACAUAGUUUUUGGGGGUAACGUAGAGGGUUUUGCAGUCUGAUUUAUUCUCCCGUUUUUCUUUUUGGAAGUUUCUUUUGGCAUUCUGCUGUUUGCCACAGACUUGUUGCCUGAGAAAUAUGGAUAGACCCGGUUGCCUUAGUGUUCUUUUUAGCAGUCCUGCAGUUCCAUCUAGUGGUGAGGCACUUUGGCAUGCCGUAAUACAGAUUAAUAUAGCAUGCUAUUUUCUCAAUAUCAAACCUAUAUGUAUCUGUAUAAGCCAGGAGUGUCCAAUCUUAGACAGAACGGUGUGGGUGUAGGUCUUCAUUCCAACUAAGCAGAACCUAGGCACACCUGAGUCUAUUUAAAGCCAAGCUCAACUGAUUGGUCAGGUGUAUUUAUCUCAUUUUACAUAACUGAGCAGUUGAGGGUUAAAGGCCUUGUUCAACAGCCCAACCUCAGCUGAUCUGUGAAUACUCAUGAUUUGACCAGUAGUCCAACGGCUUAACGACUGAGCUACCACUUCCUCCUGCUUGACUGGAAUGAAACCCUGCAACCCUGGUAUAAGCAAUAUGCAACAUUUUUAAUCAAGGCUCAUAAUAGUAACUCAUAUACUUACUCAUUAGCGAGACCUGUAGUUUAUGGUGCCUCUGCAAAACUCAACUGUAUCUUAUUUUGUUC